AUGCCUUGCGGUGCUUUCGAUACGGAUGUUCCCAGCCACCUUCCUACUUCCACCGACCCUAAAAGUGCUUCAGGUUCUAUUCAACUACAUCCUGCCCUUAUUCCACCAGCAUGUCCCCCGCAUUCUCUAGAAGUCGCUACCUCUUCCACCUCCAUCUUCUCGUCUUCAUCUUCUCCAAUUACUUCUCCAUCAUGUAAUACUUCUCCUGGUCUCUCCACCUCACCUAUGUGUCCUCCUGGUGGCAUUUUUUCCUCUCGUUUCUCCCUGGCUUCUUGCUUUUCUCCCUCUACCUCCAUUACAUGCGCCGUUAAUUCGCCAAACGUUGUCUCUCCUCUUUCUCCGACACCCAUUUCCAUGCAAGGCCCCAAUCCUUCUAUGUCUACCACACCUCCAACGACUGCUUGCAUGCCAGCUGAGACUGUCUCUUCAUCGGCGGUCGUGGCUGCAGCAGCAUGGAUUUCGGCAGCCGCUGCAGCUGCAGCAGCCGCUGUUGGCGGACGGCCAGCCACGAUGAGUAGUUCUUUUUCCUCUCCUUCAUCAUCAUCUUGCUCUCCUGUUCCUUCACUUUCAUUCUCUCGUGGAUUAAUUCUUUUGGAAAGCAAUGGGAGAGCAUCCAGCAUGGUAAAUCGCAUUAAUAAUAUCUCGGGCCCUCUGACUACAACUGCCCAGCUUCAAGAUUGUCGCCUCUUCUCUACUGAUCAUUCACCUAUCCCUGCGGCGGCCUCAAUAUCUGGCCUAACUAUGCCAUCUGUAACGCCAACGACUUCUUCCAGUUCACCAGCGUUGGAAUCAUCGAUCAGGACCGGCUCUUACAUUGACACUGAUACCGGUGUACCGGCCGACUCAAAUAUGACAACUGCUACCAUAACUGCAGCAUCACUUAUGGCUGUGCAAACAUUUGGCUCAUCUGGACCUAUCUCACUCUCUCCAUCCACUGUCGUUUCAGUUUCUCCCACUGUCUCCACCGAGGCUCAGCAGGUUAUUCCAGUGUCCCCUUCAUUGUCUUUUAUUCCAGCCACUGGAACAUCCAGCUCAUCUAGCCACAGCGUCGAUAGUAGACAAUUGACUAGCACUCUGGUUAGUACUUUUCCGCAUUUUGUCAAAUAUUCAGUUAGGAAGGCUUUGCGCACAAUCAUUGAAGGGAAAUGUUUUUGUACGGAUAUGGGAUUUUAUAAGAAGGUUGAUUUCGAAGUUUCGAAAGUAUCUAGAAUAUAUUUUUUAGAAAGUGCUUUUCUUCGUAACUAG